GAAGAGGUUGUUCUCAACAUACAGGGGUAUAUGUUGAAGGCAAAACUUCCACCUAUAAUGCGUGACAAUGAGGUUGCUCAAACCAAGCUCAUUCACACUGAGCAGUAUGUCCGCAUAGGAGGGCUUGGCAGUGGACCAUUUGAUCAGUCUGCAGUUGCCAUGAUGAACAUACAUCAACUCUUUGAAAGCAGACUGGGCAAGGGAUAUCUGCAAGGCUGGGAUGUCAAACGUGAACAAGGCCACAUUGUUCUGGACUUCCACAACAGAUACCUCACUCCACGCAGCAGUGCCUCCUCUGCCAGCAUCAUGGAUCUUCCUCAUGACUAUGACCCUCGCAAUAUAUUGCGUUCCCGCAUGACGGAUGAGGUCUUCACCUCUGACAAUGUUGUCCAAUACUAUGAACGUGUACAAGAUGUCGACCAUCAGGCCAAAUACCACUUCAAGAAGUUGCAUCCUACGUCUGUCAGUGUUGGGCAGAUGGUUGAAGUGCAAUCAUCCUUUGUGGCUGUACCCCGGGGCAAGGACAAGUACAAACUGAUAUGCAAGCUUCGUUCAAUCUGUGUACUUGACCGCAGCAUUGAGAACGUGAGUCAUGCACAUUGCUGUAUUGAAGGGCACGAACUGAAUCAAGAACGUAUUCAACUGGCAUUGCAGAAAACUUCUCCAACCCGGAAGGUCAAGCGAGUUGUUGGGUAUGAAGAUGAUGACAGCGAUGUUGAGGAGACCUGGGAUGAAGUGAAGCGCAUGCGGAUUGAUGAGGAAAAUGGUCCUUAA